UAAAUUCCGAAUAUGAUUUCUUGAUUUAUCUUUCCUUAAUCCCAAAAGAUUAAAAAUCGAAUUAAUUGAUAGUGUAUCUUAUCGAGAUUCCGUUUCGACGAAUUAAAUUCUCUUCUGCUUCGUUGUGGGUGCGUGUAUAAGAGAACAAAAGUUCGUGUAACGUUCAUCCUUCAACCUCAGAGAAGAAAACUCCUUCGCUCAUGCAUGGAUACAGGGAAAAAACAUUGAAUGUCACAGAUUCUCAAUAAUAUCUCAGAGACCAUCCCUUCGAUGAUGUCACCACCUUCACAUAGCUGUCUUCCUAUUUAAAACCUCUUCAUGCAACUCUAGCAUCCCAAUAAAAUAAAAUAAAAACAAAACCCACCAAAAAAUCAUUUUGUUUGGGUUUUGUAUUUUAUUUAUUUAUUUAUUUCAUCCUCCUCCGUCUCAUCAUCGUCACACAUGGCUUCCACUUCUUCUUCUGAUCAGUCUCUUUCCAUUAGUUCCCAUCAAACCUCACCUUUAUUGACGUCAUCCAUGCUUUCCCGUACGUCAUCAUCUUCCUCCGCCGUUGGAGACUACAUCGGGACAGAGAGCUGUUUCGACGUCCUCUCCGCGGUUGAAGGAAACAACGUUGUCUCCCGAGAGGAGCCUUUGAACCGUUAUCGUUAUGGAGGAAGGAGGAGGGAGGAAAGAGAAGCUAGAGCCGCGGCGGCGCGUGAGUUUCCUCCCCCCAUACCGUUGCUUGCUCAGACGGAGAAUCUUCUCCCGCACAUGCCGUGGGUUCUGAAGCGUGUGGUGACGAGCGACGGGAGGCUUAUCCUUAGAGAAGAGAAGGUUCGUCAUCACGAGUAUUUUCGUGCGCAUAGAUCCAAUGGACGCCUCACUCUCCACCUUGUUCCUCUUGACGGUGACGUUUUGGAACUUCCCCAAGAGCCCUCUCAUUACCCACCUGAUGAUGUUGAUGAGCAUGAUCACGAUGAUCAUGAUGAUCACGAGUGUGAUGGUGAUGAUGUUGAUGAUCAUCACGAGGUGAGAGAUGAUCUGGCGGAUAAUGUUGACAAGAGUGUAAUUAUUACUGCCCGUGAUGAUGAGGAUGGUGUUAUUGAUAGUUAUGAUGAUGAUGAGGGCAAUGUGCAUGGUGGUGGUGAAGAAGAAUAUAUGAAAGCUACAAUAUCGGCGGUGGUAGAGGAGACGGUGGUGGAGAGCGGAGGAAUGGUGGGAGGAGGAGGGGGAGGAUCACCGAGAGGAAAGUGUUUGAAGUCAUGUUUUGUUGGUAUGAGAGCUCAAGAGAUCAGACCAGUCCUUAGUUGAUUAUUAUUGUUAAUUAGUCUUUUUGCGGGAAACAAAUACUUUACCGUCGCAGAGAGUUUAAAGAAACAACCGGCUUAGAUUAGAGUAUGAAUAUCAGAGGGUUUUUUUUUGUUUUUUUUCAACUAUGAAUAUGAGAGGGUUUUUCUCAUUAAAAUAAUUAAUUUCUUUCGUCUUUUGUAAUUUUUUAGAGUGAAAUCUAUCUUCUUUGUGAGUUUUUGUAGGAUAUUUAAACAUCUUUUUAGUGGGUCAAUAGUUUUGUCGGUACGGGAGUGAUGUUUUUUCUGUAAGUUUGAGUUUAUCUGGCCGGGUGCAUACUAUGAGAAACAAUACACUUGUAAGGGAAGAUUUCAAAAU